CAUAGAAUAGAAUCGUCAGAGAAUGGUUGACUGGCGGGGAAUUUGCUUUGACUGGAUUUAUAUGGGUAUUGUAGUUUUUGUGUUUAAAUGCUGUAAUCUAAAACAGUCGUCAUAGGGAGCGGUUGAACUACAUUUCCAUAACUAGAGAUGCAUUUCGGCUCAGGGCCUUUUCGUUUACCAACAGAGAAUACAUUUUACAAGACCUUGGUAAUCGAUUUCUGAGGGAAGUAAACUGGAGUUUACUAGCCAAAUUAACUAUCCACGCUAAUUUCUUGCCAGCAAUAUCACAGCUGAACUCCUCAGUUAAAUAUCCAAGAUAGAUAAAACACAAGUCUACUCUUAAAAAAUAAGUUAUGUAAUACUUCAUAGUAAAUAAUGAUCCCUGUAAGUAGUUGUUCACUUCCAGUGCUUAUCCAAUCCCAUAUAACUAGGCUAAUGCUAUUCAGUCUUAAUCAUAACUAUCAUUUGAAAAAUGUGCUAGGAGAUACAACAACCAUAACUGGAACCCUGGGUCAUUAAACAGUGUAACUUGACAUCCCAUAAAUAACAAUUGAAUCACUUCAUUAUAGCUUGCCAGCAGUCGAUAAAUAAUUAGUACUAGUUAGCAUGAUGUCUACGUAUUGUAAUUAGCUUUAAUCUAUGCAUUUUAGUGUUUUACCAGUUUUUAUAAGACAUUUAGUAUCGUUACUUUGCUAGCUAAUGCUGGCAUUUCGCUCACGAAAGAUUUGUGCUACUUGCUGCGUUGAAUUGCUCUGAUUUCCAUUAACUUGUUUUUCUUCUUCCGAAUCCGCCAUGUUUUGAGAUUUAUUCUGUUUUUGGGAGAGGUGUGUUGAGUGCCGUCCUGGGCAGAUAGCUACGUUUCAGAUGUGAUUUUCUGCAAAAUGCACACCUCUCCGCGCGUUUUAUUUAUUUAUUUUCAUUUUAUUAUAUACAGAGGCUUGUGAAUUCUUACCACUUCUAAUGUUAACGGAUCCUGACCUGUAGCGAGCUAGCUAGUUAGCUAGCUAGCUAUAAUUCAUAUUGAAGAUUAGCUAGCUAACAAGGCAAGGGUUUGCGCCCUCCUCUGAAUUCCUUCUCGCUUUCGGAAUGUUUUCAAAAAAGCCUCAUGGGGACGUCAAAAAAUCAACACAGAAAGUGUUGGAUCCAAAAAAAGAUGUAUUCACCCGCCUGAAGCAUCUGCGAAUCGUUAUAGAGAAUGCCGAGUCUGUUGACCUGAAGCAUUUCUUCGACCAGAACUACUCCCAUAUCUAUUAUGUGUUCUUUGAAAAUUUUGUCACAAUCGAAGUCAGCCUGAAACAGAAAGGUCACAAAUCCCAAAGGGAAGAGCUGGACUCCAUUCUUUUUAUAUUUGAGAAAAUAUUACAGCUUCUGCCCGAGAGAAUACAGGGGAGAUGGCAGUUCCACAGCAUUGGGCUAAUCCUGAAGAAGCUGCUCCACACUGGAAACUCCUUAAAGAUUCGGCGGGAAGGCGUGCGCCUCUUCCUCCUGUGGAUGCAGGCCUUGCAGACCAACUGUCUUCGUGAGCAGCUUUGGAUCUUCGCCUGCCUGAUCCCCGGGUUCCCCGCCCCCCAGUCGGAAUACGGCCCCCGCACCUUGGACAACCUGGUCAACCCUCCACUCAGCCUCCAGGAGACACAAGUCACCCCAGAGGAAAUCAGCCCUCUAGUUCCUCCUCAGUCCGGGGACAAAGGCCAGGAAGACCUCACAGGCUAUUUCUUAGAAGCACUUUUGAAAUACAUGGUAAACCAGGCCAAGAGUCUGGAAUGGAAAUGCAAGGAAAAUCACGAAAAGGGCUUUGCUUUUCUGUUUGGAAACUUCAAGAAGUAUUAUCUUCCCCAUAUCUUUCCCAACUUUUCCAAGGAGACCAGUUUGUACAGUCCCCUACUGGAGGUUCCCCACAUGAGACCAAAGCCUCACUACGUCGUCGUAAAGAGGGACGCAGAGACCAAUGAACCCAUCUAUUGCACUAAAGAGAUGUUCCUCAACGCCCGCGUCAUCUUCAUCCGCUGGCUGGUGUCCUUCUGGCUGGAGCCGCGCUCCAACACAGGGACACACAUCCCCGGGGUGGACGGAGAGAACGUGCCAAAGAACAUCCAGAAAGCGGCGGCGGGGCUGGCCGCGCGGGAGGAGGGGGGCCCGCGGCCGGAGGCCCUGGACGGGGGGGCGGAGCCGGAGCAGUCGCACUCCAACACCAGCACGCUGACGGAGAGGGAGCCCAGCUCCUCCAGCCUGUGCAGCGUGGACGAGGAGCACCUCACCGACAUCGAGGUGGUGCGCAAGGUCUUCUGCUCCUCCAGGACCAACGUCAACUUCAUCACCGAGGUCUUCCGCCAGGCCUUCCUGCUGCCCAUCUGCGAGGCGGCUGCCAUGCGCAAGGUGGUGCGGGUCUACCAGGAGUGGAUCUCGCUGGAGGACAAGCCAGUCUUCAUGAGAGAGCCAGAGGAGGAGCGCUUAUUCUCCGCCUCCGGAGCCGCCCACCUCGACCCCGUCGCCGAGCACACGCCCGAGAAAGGGAAGGAGGAGGAGAACGUGGCUGACCCCUCUGGCCAUGUCCGACACCCGAGCUGGACCCGGAACUCCUCCUACCAGGGCGCCCUCAACAAGGUGGGGGAGAGCGAGCUGCUGGAGUACAGCGUCCAUGCAGGCGUACAGGCCACUCUGCAGGUUUUCAUCACCAACUCCUGCAAUGUGUUCCUGCUGGAGCCGGCCAAUGACGUGAAGUUCCUCCUGGAGGAGCACAUCGACAUGUGCAAGCGGGUCCUGAACAUUUACCGCAGCCUGGUCAUGCAUGAAACCAUGGACCAGAAAACAUGGGAGCAGAUCCUGCUGGUGCUGCUCAGGGUGACGGACUGCGUGAUGAAGAGGCCGCCCUCCAUCAUGCCCCCCGGCAAGAAGACCAUGACUCUCUCUGGGAGACUGGCGGGGGCCGUCUUUCAGACUCUGAUCGUGGCGUGGAUCAAAGGGAACCUGAACGUGUACAUCUCCCGGGAGCUGUGGGACGACCUGCUGCUGGUGCUCUCCUCCCUCACCUGCUGGGAGGAGCUGGUCACCGAGUGGUCCCUCACCAUGGAGACCCUCACCAAGGUGCUGGCGCGGAACCUCUACAACCUCGACCUGAACGAGCUGCCCCUGGACAAGCUGAGCGAGCAGAAGCAGAAGAAGCACAAGGGCAAAGGGGUUGCUCACGAGGGCCAGAAGCUGUCGGUGGACAGGUCCUUCUCCAAAGGCUGGAGUCGAGACCAGCCCGCCCAGGCUCCCAUGAGGCAGCGCAGCGCCACCACAGCCGGCUCGCCGGGCAUCGAGAAGGCCAGGAGCAUCGUCCGCCAGAAGACCGUGGCCCUGCGAAGCUGCUCGACGGGCGACAGCAUCCUGUCUUCAGCCUUUAUCCGCAGUGCUAAAAGCGCACCUGUCCUGAUCCAUUCUCUCCACCCUCUCCUGCCUGACUCUGUCCUCACUCCCCUAGCUGACGAACUGUCAGAUAUGGAGGACCCCCCGCCAGCCCCGCGCGGGUCCCGCACCCGCCACUUCUCCCAGAGCGAGGAGACGCCGCCCUGCGAGGUGUUCUCCGCGUCCGCCGAGGAGCAGCCCCUCCCCCGCAGCAGCAGCACGUCCGACAUCAUGGAGCCCUUCAUCGUCGAACGGGUCAAAGGUGCACUUCCUGUCCUUGACAGUCCGUCUCACGUCCCCCCCCGCCCGCCCGGCCCCCCCAGCCCCCCCGCAGGUGCCGAGGGCAGCAGGGCCUCCUCCCUGGAAGUGGGGGAUAGCAUCUACGAUCACCUGUGCCAGAUGGUAGGGCCCUCCGCCCAGCUCCCCGCGGCCCCCCCGCCCGGCCCGCUCCCCGACGGGGAGGGCGAGGAGGACGACCUCCUGGCCUCGCUCAGGGAGUACCUGAGACAGCGGGGGGAGGAGGGGCUGGAGGAGGAGGCCGCUCUGGCUGACAGGGCUCAGGCGGGGGACGGAGGCAGCGCCGACUCCACCGCCGACGAGGACAGCUUAGACCAGCCAGAGCAGAGCUUCUACGAGUGCCUGGAGGAGUGCGACGGGCAGGAGCGCGACGGGCAGGAGCGCUGGGCCCCGCGGGGCUGGGGGGAGGACGGCGGCGCCGCCGAAACGGCCGGCGGGGGCUCUCCGCUCGCGCGGGACGCGGGGGAGGGCCAGGGCGAUCCGGGUCCCGCGGGCAGGGACGCCGCCGGCGCUCUCCAGGAGAGCAGCGCGCCCCUCCCCCAGCAGGACCCCCGCGCCCAGGCCGGGCUCCACCGCGCCCACGCCGGCUUCAAGCCUCGGCUCCGCGGCAAGAAACGGCACGGCGGCGUGCACGUGAGCUUCCGCCCCUCCACCGAGUCGGUGCAGUUCCACAACCCCUUGGACUCCAAGGAGGCGCACUGGAAAACCAGGCUCCGCAAGCUGAGCCACUUUAGCAGCAGCCACCCCUCCGCGGGGCCCGAGCACCCCAGGCCCGCGCCGGGGCAGAGGGCCGAGGGGCCCUGCGGGGACCCGGCGGAGCGGGAGGGCCCCGCGCGCAGCCGGCUCGGCCGCGCCUCCAUCCGGCCCCGGUCCCGGUCCCGGUCUCAGGAGUCAGGGUGCAGUCACUCGCAGCAGCAGCAGGGGGCGCUGGGCGGGGUGUAUAAAUCUGUCGUACAUGCUCUCUCCAAGCCCAAGGCUCACGUGUCCCCGCAGCGGCAGAGCAAGGUGGCGGCCGAGGCGCCCCUGAGGGACCUGUACACUCAUGUAAUGGGCUAUUUUGGAAGGAAAGCACCAGCCAACAAAGAGGAGCUGAGCCAGAAGGUGCGGCCCGUCUCCGGGGACGCGUGCAGCAGCAACCCCAACAUCAGCGACCCCAUGGACGAGUUCAUCCAGGAGCGUCUGCGGGCGCGGAGCACGUCCGGCAUGACCCGGCGGGGCAGCAGUCCCGGCAGCCUGGAGAUACCCAAAGACCUGCCCGACCUCCUGACCCGGCAGAACGCCAUGCGGCCCAUCGACGACCCGGGCGUGCCCUCCGAGUGGACGUCCCCGGCCAGCGCCAGCAGCAGUGACAUCAUCAGCUCCGACAGCCACUCGGACUCCUUCGGCGCCUUCCAGGCCGACAGCUGCAAGUUCGAAAAUUUCCACUUUGGGCCCGAGUUGUGCGCGGUGGGCUCCCUGGAGCUGGACGCGGGUUCGGCGCAGCAGCAGACUGCAGAGGAGCAGGAGCUGGCCAGCCUGACCACCCUGCACAUCGACUCUGAGACCAGCAGCCUGAGCCAGCAGGCCCUGUCUGCAGAUACCGUCACCAUCACCGGUUCGGAGAGCGCCUCCCCUGUUCACUCCCCGGGGGGGUCCCGCUCCCAGACCCCCUCCCCCGCCACCCUCAACGCCGAGCACAUGGACAACAAGGACCUGCAGCUGGAUGAGAAGCUCCACCACUCCGUCCUGCAGACUCCUGAUGACCUGGAAACCAGCGAGUUUCCCACAGAGGACUGCAGCGUGAUGGCCGGGGGCUCCCUCACCGGUUGGCACGCCGACGUCGCCACGGUGAUGUGGAGGCGGAUGCUGGGCAUCCUGGGGGACGUCAACUCCAUCAAGGACCCGGAGAUCCACGCGCAGGUCUUCGACUACCUGUGCGAGCUGUGGCAGAACCUGGCCAAGAUCCGGGACAACCUGGGGAUAUCCCUGGACAACCAGACGUCCCCCCGGCCCCCCGCCCUGAUCCCGCCCCUGCGCAUCCUCACCCCCUGGCUCUUCAAAGCCACCAUGCUGACGGAGAGGUACAAGCAGGGGAAGCUGCACGCCUACAAGCUGAUCUGUAAGAUCAUGAAGAGGAGGCAGGAUGUCUCCCCCAACUCCGACUUCCUCACCCACUUCUACAACAUCAUGCACUGCGGCCUGCUGCACCUCGAUCAGGACAUUGUGAACACCAUCAUCAAGCACUGCUCUCCGCGCUUCUUCUCCAUCGGGUUGCCGGGGGCGACCAUGCUCAUCCUGGACUUCAUUGUGGCAGCCAGCAGAGUGACAGCCUGCUCGUCCCUCAACGCCCCCAGAGUGGAAGCCCAGAUUCUGCUGGGGUCUCUGGUGUGCUUCCCCAACCUGUACGAGGAGCUCCCCGCUCUGCACCCCACCAUGGCCGACGUGGUGAUGACCAAGUUCAAGGACGUCAAGGAGCACAUCGUGAAGCACAUCCUGAGCUCUGCCCGGGACGAGCCGUCGGCCCCGGCCCGGUGCGUGGCCCUCUGCAGCCUGGGCAUCUGGCUCUGCGAGGAGCUGAUGCACAACACGCGCCACCCGCAGAUCAAAGAGGCCCUCAACGUCAUCUGCGUCACCCUGAAGUUUCCCAAUAAAACGGUUGCACUGGUCGCUUCAGAUAUUUUGCACUUGCUCAUAAACUAUGUGGAAGUCCUGCAGAAGUUCCCGCCUGACACUCCCAAGAAGAUAGUUGAGAUUCUCAUUGCUACUAUUACUCACCUGCUCCCGAACACUGAGUCAUCACCUCAUGAGCUAGAUAAACGGCUGGUGGUGUCGUUGCUGCUGUGUCUGCUGGACUGGGUCAUGGCCUUGCCCCCCAAAACCCUGCUGCAGCCUGUGCACACCCUGGGGUCCGACAAGGACAAGGCCGACAAGUCUGUCCUCAGCUGCAUUUACAAGGUGCUUCACGGGUGUGUGUAUGGGGCUCAGACUUUCAGCAACCUCAGAUAUUUCCCCAUCAACCUGUCGGACCUGGCCAGCACCGACUACGACCCCUUCCUCCCCCUGGAGAGCCUGAAGGAGCCCGAACCCCUGCACUCGCCCGACUCCGAGCGCUCCUCCAAACUGCAGCCUGCGCCCGAGGUGAAGAGCCGGAUCCAGCAGGGCCUCAUCGCCAUCGCCGCCCGCACCGUCAUCACCCACCUGGUCAACCACCUGGGGCACUACCCCAUGAGCGGCGGGCCCGCCAUGCUCACCAGCCUGAUCUGCGAGAACCAGGACAACCCGUACUGCGAGAGCGCCGACCUGUCCCCGGAGCUCUUCGACAGCCCCAACCUGCAGUUCUUCGCCCUCAACGGCACCACCCUGCUGUCCAGCCUGCAGAUCCGGGCGGAGGACAACGUGCCGGGCGGGGGCAUGUCGGCCGGCCUCACCACCACCAGCGCCGGCGUGCGCGUCAUCGUGCGCGACAUCUCCGGCAAGUACUCCUGGGACUCGGCCAUCCUGUACGGGCCCCCGCACUGCGCCCAGCCCUCCCAGCCCCUGGGGCUCCUGGCCCCGCCCCACGCCCUGCAGGCCCCGCCCCACGCCCGCCAGACCCCGCCCACCGACGAGGACAGGGACGGGCUUCAGGAGGAGGAGCUGGAGGAGGACGAGGCGGAGCAGGAGGAAGAGCAGGAGGCGGAGGAGGAAGAGGAGGAGCGGCGGGCAGAGGAGGAGGAGGACGAGGAGGUGGAGGAAGAGGACGAUUCGGCGCUGGAGUUCAUGGCCCCCCAGGCCAAGCGGCGGUGCCGGGAGGUGGUGCCCUCGUGGGACUCGGUGCGGGACGAGGAGGACGCCCUGGACGAGCUGCUCCAGUACCUGGGCGUGACCAGCCCCGAAUGCCUGCAGCGCGCCGGCGCGCCCCUCAACAUCCCCGCCCCGCCCCCGUCCUGCGUCUCCGAGAAGCAGGAGAACGACGUCAUCAAUGCUAUCCUCAAGCAGUUCACCGAGGAGAAGGACUUCGCUGAGCGCCGGAGCAACGACAUCCACAUGAGGGCCGUGGAGCAGGAGGAGCCCGGCCCCCAGAAGCCCCAGUCUGCCUUCUACUACUGCAGGCUCCUCCUCAACAUCCUGGGCAUGAACUCCUGGGAGAAGAGGACCAAUUUCCACCUCCUGAAGAAGAACGAGAAACUGUUGAGGGAGCUGAAGAAUCUGGACUCCAGGCAGUGUCGUGAGACGCACAAGAUUGCCGUCUUCUACGUGGCGGAGGGACAAGAGGACAAGCACUCCAUCCUGUCCAACACCCGGGGCAGUCACGCCUACGAGGACUUUGUGUCUGGGCUGGGCUGGGAGGUGAACCUGACCAGCCACUGCGGCUUCAUGGGGGGCCUGCAGAGGAACCGCAGCACCGGCCUCACCACCCCGUACUUCGCCACCUCCACCGUGGAGGUCAUGUUCCACGUGUCCACGCGCAUGCCCCCCGACUCAGACGACUCCCUCACCAAGAAGCUGAGGCACCUGGGAAACGACGAGGUGCACAUCGUUUGGUCGGAGCACUCCCGGGACUACAGGAGGGGGAUCAUCCCCACGGAGUUCGGAGACGUCCUCAUCAUUAUUUACCCCGUCAAGAACCACAUGUACAGCAUCCAGAUCCUCAAGAAGCCGGAGGUUCCGUUCUUCGGGCCCUUGUUCGACGGCGCCAUCGUGGACGAGAAGAUCCUGUCCACCCUGGUGCGCGCCACGGCCAUCAACGCCAGCCGCGCGCUCAAGUCCCUCAUCCCGCUCUACCAGAACUUCUAUGAAGAAAGAGCCCGUUACCUGGAGACCAUUGUCCAGCACCACCUAGAACCAACCACCUUCGAGGACUACGCCGCCCAGGUCUUUUGCCCCGCUCCCUUCAAUCACCUUCCCUCAGAAGCAGAGAGAAAUGCUGUGGUAUUUCUGCUCCUUCCCAAACCUCCACUAGAAAACAUUGGGCUCAUCAAGGUAAAGGGCAAAGGCUUGAAACGGAAGGUCUUUCACGCUAGCUGUGAAUGGCUCAUGCCCCGAGAGUCAGCCGGGCGAAAGUCCAGCGGCGCAGGUAGACGGGAGCGACUUAGCCUCGCCAAUGUCACCUCGUGCUAGCAAGAGCCGCAUGUCCAUGAAGCUCCGCCGCUCGUCCGGCUCAGCCAAUAAGACCUGACCGCCAGGACCGCGCCCCCCAGCAAAGACUCCGCCCACCCCGCCCCCCUGUCCUCCAACACGACACCCCCCCCCCCCCCCACCGAGCUGGGCCUAUCUUCCAACUCUCUUCUACCGAGGGACCUCUUCCACACAUAUAGACAGAUGUAUAAAGAGCGAAAAGUAUGUAUAUUCAAAGUAUAUAUUCAAAGUACAUAAUUAUUUGUGUACGAAAAGGAAAGCCACACAGAGGUGUGUAUUUUUGGCGUGCGUCUGGUGCUCGAGAAGCAGCCGGGCGCGUUCAUUUACUUUUCUUUUGUACUGAAAUAACAGACUCGUGUCAUCUGCUGUGUGAUUUUAGCUGUUGCCACUGUGUAAGAAGGUCACGAGUUCCCUCCUCUCCGCACCACUAUGAUGCCAGUGAUUGUAAGAGAAACAAAUUUAUUUAAGCUUACCUUCUUCCUUCAGUUACUGCUUACUCCAUACGGUUUUUUUAUAUAUAUAUAUAUUUGUACAGUAGUCUAUAAUGGAGAAUUAAACCGUUACUAAAGGGCUUGGUCAAAGAUGGCAAAUGUCGGUUGGCAAAAUCAGAUUUAAGCUAUGAAAUACGACACCCGUGUCUGUGAAGUGUAAAUUGUUUGGUUAAGUCUAAGCACUUGCUCAUGUUGCAUUUUGGAUUUGAUACACUAAAUAUCAAUAUGGUUAUUUUAUCCCAGAAUGAUAUUCACUACUGUUUUUUUUUUUCUUUCGUUUAUUAUGAAGAUUGUAAAAUCUGUUUUCAACUUCUGAUGCAGAAUGUUACUGAUUUUGUCUGUUUAUGUAAAAUGUGUAAUAUUGAAACUACCCCUUCUCACUCAUAAUGGUUAUAUAUAAAAAAUGUAUAUGUAUAGUGUAUGAACCGUACCUGGUCUGUGUAUAUAUUUUACAAUAUUUAUAUCUGCCAAAAAAAAAAAACUUAAAUUGACCUCAAGCCACUUAGAACAACAAUCCAAGGUGAAAUAAAGCUCUCUUCUCGCUGGCGUUUGAUUUGAGGGCGCUUGCUCUGGCCGGGCCCUGCUGAAGUCCACUCGGUGCUGGAGGUCGCGUGCGGUCCGCUCACAGCAGAGAUGGACCGGAACGUUCACGGUGGGGACGAUACCCUGAACUUAAAGGCCCUCCUCCUCUCCAAACCCCCACCCUCCCCCCCCCCACUCUCCAAACAUUAGUAACGUGGGGGGGGAGACGCACCGCUGCGUGAAAAGAAAGACGCGUAUCAUUGCCCGAAAAAGAGGGAGAUCACACUACACGAUUAUGCCAAACCAGACUGAUUGGAGACUCCGGUGGGCUGAUGGUACUGCCGGAGCCGGGCAGAGCGCUGCUCACCGCGGCACUCUUCUGGCUUUUUCCCUGCGAGGGGACAGGAGAAGCCGCCAUGCUGUCCCAUGCCCUUGUUUUCAAACGGGGCCCAUUGCACCAAUCGCCAACUUUGUGUACCGUACAAGCAGCACUGCUUUUUUUAUUCUUUUGAAUACUGAAACUUUUUGUUGCCAUUUUAUUAAUUUUUGUUUGAUUUACGUAUAUUCACAUUCAGCAAUAGGUUCUCUGUUAGAGACUAAAGGGAUUGCAAAUGGUCUUUUUUUUGACCAACUCAAAUUAGUUUUCUUUUUCUUUUUUUUUUUUUAGAAUAUUUGUCACUGUUUCAACAGUUGUUUCUUGAAUCUCAUUUGUUUUCGAGGUCAAUUAUGUGUUUUCUUUUGCUACUCGCACAUUUGUGAGGUUGUGAACGCUUAUUUUCAGUUCAAUAUUUUUGUGCUCUUUUUGAUCUUCAGAUAGUUCAAGGUGGUUUAGAAAAUGUCUUUUAGUUCAGAUAUGAGGUGUACCAAGGAGGGGGGGAAAGAAACACUUUCACGUGAUUGGGUGGCAGUCAGUGAAGAAUAUGCCACAUCCUAUGGGUUGAUUUGUCCAAAUGAAUUGUGUGUACUGCAUUCCAGUCUCUGAAAUGUGCACAUAGUAAACAGAAAAAAACCUUUGCUCAUCAGCAGUUGUAUGCUACUACUGACCAAAACGCAGCAUGGCACCAGUACUAACUGCAUGUGUUGAUAUAAAAGAGCUACAAACCACACACAAAUAUUAGUCUUGUCAAACUUGUAGUAUCUAUACAUUUGUAAUGGCUGUAAGGCAAGGAAAAUGGAUGUGCAAUUAAAUUUGACAAUAAAAAGUAUUCUUAUCACUUC